AUGGCCAUUAUUGAAGAUGUUCUAGUCAAGGUGGACCGAUUCAUCUUCCUGGUCGAUUUUGUUAUUCUAGAUUUGGAUGACAAGGUUGAGGUUCCUUUGACACUUGGGCAUCUAUUUUUGGCCACUUCACAAGCCAUUGAUGUCAAAUAUGGUGUUAUGGAGUUACGAGUGGGUGAUGAAGAAGUAGUGUUCAAGUUGAGAGAUGCUAUGUGGCACUAUAUGGAUGUUGAUGACAUGUGUUAUGCUUUGGAUAUUAUUGAUGAUUGUGUUUCGGACUUUGUGCUAAACACAUGGGUGAAGGAUGACUUGUCUGAUUUAUUGGAUUAUGAAGACCACCUGAUGAAUUAG